AUGGAUCCACGUAUGGUGAAAUUAUUCUCUGUGAGUGUGUUGUUGCUCACAGUGUAUCAAAUCCACACUGGGACCAGCUGGAAGUCUAGCCUGGCUGAUUGUCUGAAUGACACUGACUACGAUCAGCUGCUGCAGACAGCAAUGAACGGUCUUCCACGAAUAAACACACCUCAUCAUGUUGUCAUUGUUGGAGCUGGCAUGGCUGGAUUGACAGCUGCUCGGCUACUUCACAAAGCAGGACAUACGGUCACCAUAUUAGAGGCUAGUGGACGGGUCGGUGGGCGUGUGGAGACCUACAGGAAUGAGAAAGAGGGCUGGUAUGCUGAAUUUGGGGCCAUGAGGAUCCCGAGUUCUCAUCACAUCCUCCUCUGGUUUGCUAAAGACCUGGGCGUUGAGCUGAAUGAGUUCAUCAUGGACAACAACAACACGUUCUACCUGGUGAAUGGAAUAAAGCCACAGAAGACAUACAAAGUGAAGGAAAACCCUAACAUCCUGAAGUACAAUCUAACAGAAAAUGAGAUGCAUCAAUCAGCUGACACUCUUCUACAGCAGGCUUUAGAGAAGGUGAAAAAGGAAGUUAAACAACAUGGUUGUAAAGCUGCACUGGAUAAAUUUGACCAUUAUUCAGUGAAGGAGUACCUGAAAGAAGAAGCUGGUCUGAGUCCUGAAGCCAUCAGGAUGAUUGGAGACCUCCUUAACGAACAGAGUCUUAUGUACACCGCACUGACCGAAAUGAUCUAUGUCCAAACUUACAUUAGUGACAAUGUCACGUACAGUGAAGUGACUGGUGGGUCAGACCUUCUCCCCAAAGCUUUUCUUAAGGACCUUGAUGUUCCAAUUCUUCUUAAUUCCACAGUCAAGCAUAUCAGCCAGUCUCAUAAAGGAGUCACUGUAUCCUACCAGAGUGGUGAACGGUCUUCUCUUACUAAACUUCAAGCUGAUGCCAUCCUGGUAACAACAACAGCCAAAGCAGCUCUUUUCAUAGAUUUUGAUCCCCCUCUCUCCAUCCCAAAGAUGGAGGCCCUGAGGUCCGUCCAUUAUGACAGCUCCACUAAAGUCCUGCUCACCUUCAAGAACAAGUUCUGGGAGGAUGAAAACAUCCGAGGAGGAAAGAGCAUCACAGAUGGGCCCUCUCGUUUCAUCUACUAUCCCAGCCACGGUUUCAUAAAAAAUGAAACCAUCGGUGUCCUCCUGGCUUCUUACACCUGGUCUGAUGACUCACUACUCUUUCUAGGUGCAAGUGAUGAAGACCUUAAAGAGCUGGUUUUGAGAGAUUUGGCAAAGAUUCAUGGUGAGAAGGUCAGGGCUCUCUGCACAGGGGUGUUGGUGAAGAAGUGGAGCAUGGAUCCUUACAGCUUGGGUGCCUUCGCUCUGUUCACACCUUAUCAACACUUAGAGUAUGCUACAGAGCUCUUUAAAAAUGAAGGCAGGGUGCACUUUGCUGGUGAGCACACAGCCUUCCCUCAUGGGUGGAUCGAGACAUCAAUGAAGUCUGCAAUCAGGGCAGCAAAAAAGAUUAACAAAGCUGCAAAGAAAGAGACAGUUAAAAGUGAAAUCCGAGAUGAGCUCUAA